AUGCCUAAGAAUAAAGGUAAGGGAGGUAAAAAUAGGUAUAGAGGUAAAAAUGAGAAUGAAUCCAUUAAAAAAGAGUUGGUGUUUAAAGAAGAUGGACAAGAGUAUGCACAGGUAAUCAAAAUGUUGGGAAAUGGACAAUUAGAAGUAAUGUGUUUUGAUAGUGUAAAGAGAUUAUGUCAUAUCAGAGGAAAAUUGAGAAAAAAUGAUAACAAAGCUGAAGUAAUUUUAAAAUACAAUGCAGAUGAAUCUAGAAGUCUGAAGGCAUAUGGCAAGCUUCCAGAGCAUGCUAAAAUAAAUGAAACAGACAUAUUUGGUCCUGGAGAUGAUGAUGAAUUCCAGUAUGAUGACACUGGCGAUGAUGAUGAAGACAUUGAUGAUAUCUAA